UUUGCAACAUGAAAGCCUUCCUGAUCUUGUGCUCGGCGCUAGCAACUCUGUCCUCGAGGGCAGUGGGCCAAGAGCCCAUCGCUGCCGAUAGAGAAGCCGAAUGCAUCGCCAAUAUUACGAAGCUAUUGGAGUACUUCAAGGAGGAGUUCCCGAAGCAAGUUCCAGAUGUCAUUGACAUCAAAGGGACAGGUCGAAAGCCAGGAAAAAGUGCUAUGCUCCUGACAGGAUUCCAAGACACUCAACUUGUGACUCCAGAGAAGCUGGAAUGUACGAACCAAACGACGGUGUCCUUCAUCGUCCCGAUCGAGGGACGCGCCGCCGUCUACCUGGGACCCGCGGUGAGACCUGACGUGGCCCGCACGUACUUCAAAGCCACCGUGAAGCUUGCCGGGACAUUCAACCUUCUGAAAGGGCCAUCCCUAGAUAAAAUCGAAGUUAUAAAAACAGCCCUGGACAAUGUGCAGCUCCUCGAGGCCAGUGCUCGUGAAUCGAAUCAGCCCGCCCAACAAUUCGUUGCGAAGGUCUGCUCGUCCCUGAUUAAGCGCGCCCUCUCGAAAGAAGUCCCCGUGAUCACGAGGAACUCGAUCGGAAAGUCUCUCGUAGACCUCCAGCAAACCUUCAUCAACUCUUCGGUAGCGGCUCUCGAGAAACGAGGGAUCCAAAUCUACAAACUGCUCGAAAGUAUGCUGAAGACGAAUAAGGAAGCCGCGAAGAAUAAGGACAAGGACCAACAGGACAGACCAAUCACAACUCAGGAUCUCCUCACUCGGAAGAGGAACUCUCACUGA